GAACACAAUACAACAGACCCGGGCACAGCAACGCCCUCAACCCACCGUCGGCGCCCUGACCUCUCCACCUUCUUCGCGACCCUCUCCGAAAUAAGCCCCGACGAAGCACGCACAAGAGAACAUGCCGUUCCCGUCCCGCGCGACGUGAGCGCAGCCUUCUACUCCCUCGCCGAAGCCUUCGAUCUGAUGCGCCGCGAGGGUGACCACAGCGUACCCACUUCCGGCGAAGGCAAUAAUGACCUCCUGACGCAGAUGAUUCAGAGCUUGCUGAGCUCGGCCGAGACGCCUCCGCGGGAGGUCGAGGGUGUUAGUGAGGAGUUUUGCGAUGUUCUGGACCGUGUGCCUAAGGCCUCAUUGAAGCCGUCGCAGAGUUGUCCGAUUUGCGGGAAUGCAUUUUUGGAGGACAAGUAUCCACUUGUUGUGCGGUUACCGUGUCAUCCGACGCAUCUUUUUGAUUUGGAGUGUGUGCGGCCGUGGUUGAGGUUGAGGGGCACGUGUCCGCUUGAUCGGACGGAUUUUGCGAAGCAGGAGAGGGAGAAGGCUGAGACUAGGAGGAAGAAGCCGGUUGAGGAUGAUGAGGAAGAGUGGGACGGUAUGUAUGGCUAGAUGGGGGUGUGGUGACGGUUUGUCAUAUUAAUUAGGCUGUGGAGUUCGGGGGUGGUGAUUGUGGGUUUGAUUGAUAUUGGGGAUAAUAUGAUCGUGAUAUGUUUGAUGAUUCAUGAAGGCCAUUAUCAUUGCAUGAUACUUCUGUCUAUCUAUGCUAAUACUCGAUGUGCAAAAGAAAGGACUGAAGUCACU